AUGCUCUUCGCGUUGGAGCGACGCGCGACGCGCGGCGCGUUGACGACGGUGCGCGAACAGACGGGCGCGUCCGACGCGGAGGCGCUGGCGGAGGACGCGCACUUGGCGGAGGGCGACCCGCGGGCGCUGCGAGCGAUGGCGCGGGCGUGGGAGGCGCUGGACGCGACGCCGGCGAACGAGGCGAUGCGGCUGUACGUCAAGGUGCUGGACGAGGAAAAACCGAAUUGGUGGGACGGCGCGGCGACGGAGGCGCGGCGAAGCAAUCGUGGGAUGCACGCGAAGGGCGGGAUGGAGGCGCUGCCGGAGGCGAUGCGCGUCGAGCGCGGGAGAUGGGAGUUUUUGGAGUACGCGGGGACGAAGCCGACGGCGCGGUUUCAACACGCGGCGACCGUCGCGGGCGCGAAGAUGUACGUCAUCGGGGGAUCGUUUCGCGGACGAUUCAUGAACGACACGCACGAGCUCGAUUUGACGACGUCGACGUGGCGGCGGUUGAAGACGAAGCCGGGGACGAGCGCGUUACCGGCGUGCGCGGGGCAUCGGGCGGUGACGUGUCGAGGCGUCGUCUUCGUCGUCGGCGGCCGGUUCAAGGGACCGGAGACGAGCGCCAUGUCGGUGUACAGGAUGGAAACGAAAGACGAUGGAUUAGACGAAGUGGAAUGGGUCAAGAUUGAAACCGGCGGAGACGAAGCGCCGUGCGCGCGUCGCGGCGCCUCGGUCACGAUGGUCGGCGAACACAAGUGCAUCGUCUUCGGCGGCGAAGACGACGAGCGACGAUUUUUGAACGACGCGUGGAUUUUAGACAUGACUUCUUUCGUGUGGCGCGCGGUGAAGGCACCCGGUGGGCACCCUCCAGAGUCUCGCGCGGAGCACACUGCGACGAUGUGGGGCCAAGACACGCUGCUCGUCUUCGGCGGUACGGGCAGAUCGACGAAAUGUUUUUCAUCACUCUUUGCGCUCGACUUAGUGCAACACAAAUGGAUAGAGGUGAAUCCUCGCGGCGCGGCGCGCGUCGAGCCUCGCGCGGGUCACGCGGCUGUCUUGAUCAAAGACGGUCGGUUCUGGGUCCUCGUCGGCGGAGGCAACAACGAGCGCGGGCUCUCAGAGUGUUCGAUUUUAGAUUUGGAGGAGAUGGAAUGGGUCGAUCGGAACGAUGCAUUUCUCGCACCGCCGAUCGUGGGAGAAGGCAUGACGUUGUGCGCGCUGAGCACGCGCGAUGGUAUGGAGGACGCCGUCGUCGCCUUUGGUGGAUACAACGGAGCGUGCCAAAACGAGACGCAAAUCUUGCGCGUGCCGGAAGAUUUCCCCGAGCACGAAGCCCUGGCGAGCGAUGAAAAUCGCGCUCCACCGGUGAGCACGAGCGUUCUGCGCGAUGACAAGUCGAUCGAACGAGACGACGAACGAGACGACGAACACGCGUCCUCCCCGGCGUCGGCGCUUAUCGAUUUCGCUAGUCCGGACAAGCCGGCGGCGACCACCUUCGCUUUCGGCACCGACGCGAGCGUGCAGGCGUACAGAAAAGAAAACGUCGAGCUCCGUCGCGCGUUACAUCGCAUGCGGAACGACGCCCAAAUCGUCGCCGACGCACACGCCGCCCUCCGCGUGCGAUGCGAGGACCUCGAGCGCGGCUUGAGCGACGAGCGCCGCCGCAACGAAGACCUCGAGCGCAAAGUCGCCGCGCUCGCGGAGCAAAUUCGCGGCGGUUUAGGUGCCAGCGGUUCAUUCUUCUCUCCUUGA